AAAGUGGAGUUGACUGGAACAGAUGUCCCAAGCGCUGCUCUCACUUCUGACCAGAGAAAGUCUGAACUACUGCUACUGCUGCUGUCGGGACGAUGCUGUAAAAGAGAAGAUAACACACUACAGGGUAUUUCUAAAAAAAAACUUGAGAGCAGACAGUCAAGAUGACAGCCAUCGAGAGCAAAGAGGAGAUCAGUGACACUGACAGUGGGAUUAUCUUGCACUCUGGUCCAGACAGCCCCACAUCCCCAGUGAAGGACCUGACCACCCACACCAGAGCCCUGAAACUGAAGCACCAGUCUCUGGAGGAGCGUCUGGAGCUCUGCCUGCUGGAGCUCAGGAAGCUCUGCAUCAGGGAGGCAGAGCUGACUGGUAAACUGCCCUCAGACUAUCCUCUGAUGCCCGAUGAGAAGCUGCCUCGCGUCAGGAGGAGGAUUGGAGCCUCCUUCAAGCUGGACGAAGGUCUAAUCCAUCUGGAUAAAGAGGAUCCAGAGUUGCAAGAGCUGGAGACCGGCUUGGCUCUUCAGAUGCAGAUUUAUCAGGCGGCCCGCAAACUCUCCCUGGAGGAGAACCUCAGCAAACCCCAGAAGAAGAGCCGCCUGCAGCAGUGCAAGAGGGAGGAAAAGAAAGUGAAGGAUCUGCAGGAGGCCGUGUUGCAGCACAGGAUCAAGAGCGAGUGCAACUCACCAUGCAUCAGCAUCUCAACCAGCCAGAACAAAGAUCUGAGCAUGUCUGAUGACAGCUCCCUGUCUGAUGUGGUGGCCCUGGAUGAUGAUGUGGACUCGCCCGGCCCUCUCUCUCCUCCAGUGAUGGGCACGUCCUACUUGGACCCCCUCCAGCUGUCAGCCAAGACCCUGCAGUCAUCCCAGCAGUCAGCGAGUCAGCUCAGUGUGGAGUAUGAGCGCUCUCCCAUCCAGAACUCUCCGUGGAAAGAGUCUAGUCUGGACCAGCCGUACCACAAGGCUACUAAACCUCAAUCUGCUUGCAGCAGCAGGUCCAGUAGUCCGGUAGGAACCCAGGUGUCUGCAGAAAGCUGCAGGAUUCCUCUCUCUCAGUUCAUCAAGAACUCGGCGCUGCGUCACAACCACUCCACCAGCGCCCCCUCCACCCCCGAGCUGCAUGUACGCCGACAGUACUCCCAGUCCUUCAGACUUCCCAAAAGUAAGCCAUCUACGGACGUGGAGUGUCUCAGCUCAGAGAAGAAUCGAGGGCGAGCCAGGCUGCCGCAGCGGCACUGUGCAACUGACUUCAUGGUGCGUUCUCCAGAGUACUCUCCCCUGUGUCCGUACCAGUCCAGCUCUGAGGACAGCAGCUCGGAGCACUCGACCUCCUCCUACAUGAGCUCGCCUGGCAGGGACGGACCCACUGACAUCCCGAAGCUCUGCCCUCCACCUUAUGGAUUCCACUUAGGAGCGCAGAAGAAAGGGGUCCCCAACUUCCCCAGCUCACAGAAGAACACCAACCGGCUGCAGCCCAGUCCCGGCUACAUCAGGGCCACAGCGGAGGACGGCCCCCUUUCCCCUCAGGAUCCAGACCAGGGAAAGUGCUACCUGUCUGCCCCUCCUGUGGCAUGCAGCCCUCAGCAAAGACAGUGGCAGGAGGGAGCAUCGUCCCCGAGGAGAGUGUUGAAACCCCCUCCGCCUUACACCAGGCUGGUGCGAACACCCUCGCUAAAGGAGUACCCGAACCACGCCAUCCGGCUGAUGCCCCGGGAGAUCGUGUCGGAGGAGCUGAAGUCCUGGCACCACAGGAACCAGCUCCAGAAGUUACGGCCAAGUUAUGUGGAACAGAGUGUCAAGAGCCCCACUUCACCUCACCUGCCGUCAUUUAAACAGGGUUUGGGUAAUGUGAUUCUCCAGAGAGCCGCAGACGGGACUCCAGUCCAGUGGUUUGUAGCGGAGGAUGCUGAAAUCGUGAGCCAGGUGUAGCUGAGAUGUUUCCUCCUCUGCAGGAUGUUUAGUAGGAUGUUCGCUCUUCCUCUCUAUUUAUCUCUGUAUUUAUUAAGUCUUUGGACUCUCUGUGAGAUUGUUUGUUGAUGCAGAAAACGUGGACCUAUCGGUACCCCGAUGAGCACAUUUCUCUCUCUUUUAUAACUUAAAACUUAUUGUAAGGUGUAAGCCAGUUUUAUUUAUUUCAAAUUGUUUUCUAAUAGAUGUUUCUAAAGUUUCUGAGGUGAAUUGAGAUUCAUACGAUUUCAUAAGUGUGUCAAAUGGAUCUUAGGAUUUAGAACAAACUUGCUGUGGUUUCAAGAAUUUCUUUGUGGCUGGCACACAUUUUUGCACAUAAAAUUCACCUACAAGUAGUUUUCAAAUAAGUUUUCCCGUUCCUAAUAUAAUUUUAUAUUUAUCUAUAAUUUAAAGUUUUUCCCUACUAAAAAUUUGAUAUAUGUACCUUUGGAAAUGCGUUGCUCUUUUUAUAUACAGUUAAAGUUUAACAUCUGUCUAGACACGAUGUGAAGUAAGCUGACUCUUAUUGUUUCCUAUUAACUCUUAAUAAUUAAUCACUGGUGCCUUUAACAGUGGUUUGAUAAAUGUUCUCACUGCAGUAUGGUGUUUUGUUACUAACCA